CAGAGAGCACUGAAGAACCCACUGAAUAUGGGAAAACCUUGGCUGAACAGUUAGCAGAAAACUAUUCCAACUCUUCCUACUACCAAGAAACAAAAGCAAUACUAGAGAAUAUUUCUUUGGGAAACAAAAAGAAAACCAAAGUAGUUUUCCGACAAAUCACAUCUGCCAAUUCCUUCCUUCAUCAGCUGAAAUGGGUGUCCAAGCGCACAUUUAAAAAUCUGGUAGGAAACCCUCAAGCUUCCAUAGCUCAGCUGUGUGUUACAGCUUUCCUGGGACUGGUUGUAGGUGCCAUUUUCUUUGGACUUAAAGAAGACUCUGCUGGGCUACAGAACAGAGUGGGUGCAAUGUUCUUUCUGACCACCAACCAGUGUUUCAGCAGCAUCUCAGCUAUUGAACUCUUUGUUGUGGAAAAAAAGAUAUUCACACAUGAAUAUAUCAGUGGGUACUACAGAACAUCUGCCUAUUUCAUCUCAAAGCUAAUGGCUGAUUUAAUACCCAUGAGGACUAUACCAAGCAUCAUCUUCACCUGUAUAAUUUACUUCAUGUUAGGUUUGAAACCAACUGUAGAAGCCUUCUUUACAAUGAUGUUUACCCUUACGAUGGUGUCCUACACAGCCACUUCUAUGGCACUGGCCAUUGCAGCAGGACAGAGCGUGGUCGCUGUAGCAAACCUGCUCAUGACGAUCGCGUUUGUUUUUAUGAUUAUUUUCUCUGGGUUGCUGGUCAAUCUCACAAGCAUCAUGUCCUGGCUCUCCUGGCUCAAAUACUUUAGCAUCCCUCGAUAUGGAAUGACAGCUUUACAAAUCAAUGAAUUGACUGGCCUGAACUUUUGCAGCAGCACUAACACCACCAAUUUAAUCAGCAACUAUAACUAUCAACAGAUAAGCCAGCCGUGGUGUACCGGAGAUGAGUAUCUGAAAAAUCAAGGCAUUGAUGCGAGUAGCUGGGGUCUGUGGCAGAACCACCUGGCUCUUGCCUGCAUGACAAUAAUAUUCCUUAUCAUUGCCUACCUCAAACUGCACUUCAUGAAGAAAUUCUCUUAA